GAUGUUCUAGGAUCAGACAGCUAAUAAAUGUGGGAGAUGUCACAGAACCCUAGACUUUCUAACCUAAAGCCACCUCGUUCCACUUUACCAUAGUGGAAUAUCAUGGCAGAACCAUAACUAGGAAUUCUUGUGCCUGUGGCAAAUUCAGUUUAGGGUGGAAGAGGGGAGCAGAGAAGUGCCGAGAACAGCUUAACUCUGUAUGCAGGCAUUCUGAAAGAGGAGGAAGCCCAUCCCUUAGAGAAUCCAGCCAUAGAGGCACAUAUACUCAACUGUGUGUAGAGAGGCCCAUUUUCAGAUGAACAGUUAAUAAUAUCAUUAUCACAAUUAUUUUUCUCUUGAGCCAAAAUUUUUCGGGUAUCUCAUUGAAUUCUAUAUCUAGUACUUUUUUAUUGAUAAUCCUUCAAGAAGGUAGGGACUACAGCUGUGAUUUCAUAGAUAUAAGGAACACCCAGGUAAGGAAACUCUCUCUACCAAUGCAGGUUGGCACCUUUUGUGGCAACUUGCAAACUUAGAGCACUGGGUCCUUGCCUAGAACAUUCAGAGGAUAAGUGACUUGCCCGCUUUCUCGCUUCCUGGCCAUCUUAGCGGCAGGUCUCUGGCUGAGGGUCCUCCCGCACCGCAGGCAGGAAUAUGGUGGCUGCAAAGAAGACGAAAAAGUUGCUGGAGUCCAUCAACUCGAGGCUCCAGCUGGUGAUGAAAAGCGGCAAAUAUGUGCUAGGCUACAAACAGACCCUGAAAAUGAUCAGACAAGGCAAAGCCAAAUUGGUCAUCUUGGCCAACAACUGCCCAGCCUUGAGGAAAUCAGAGAUUGAAUAUUACGCUAUGUUGGCCAAAACUGGCAUACAUCACUACAGUGGCAACAACAUUGAAUUGGGUACAGCAUGGGGGAAGUACUACAGAGUUUGUACACUGGCUAUCAUUGAUCCAGGUGAUUCUGAUAUCAUUAGAAGCAUGCCAGAACAGACCAGUGAAAAGUAAACUGUACAAAAGUAUUCUUUAAUAAACUGGCCAAAGCUUGUUUAAAAAAAAAAAAUAA